GUCUUCCUUGGACCUGGUGUCUCUUCGCGCUCUCUGCUGCUGCUGAUUCACUUCUUGACGCUCCCUUCAUUCUUUGAUACCAAGCCCUCCAUUCCCUGUUGAUCCAUUCCCUCACUCGGUCCAACCCGACGCAAACAUGUUCCCCUCCAACAAGUCCACCAUGUCCUGGCGCCAGCUGGCCCUCACCUCCCUGCUCCUGACCACCACCGUCUCGGCCCACCUCAUCCAGCCCGGCCCUGCCGGCCUGGCCCGCCGUGGCCUGCUGCGCCGCGAGCCCACCAACCUGAACGUCGCCAGCAACGCCGCGGCCAACGCGGCCAACGCUGCUGCCGGCGCCAACAACGCCAACGCCAACGCCGGGAACCAGGCCAACAACAACACUGAUGCUGCCAACAACGCCAACAACAAUGCCAACCAGGACAACGCCAACCAAGACAACGCCAACCAAGACAACGCCAACCAAGACAAUGCCAACCAGGACAACGCCACCAACGCCCAGGGCGUCGACGCCGCCUGCGAGGCCGCCAUCCAGAGCCUGAUCCUAGUCGCCCAGCGGUCCACCGACGCCGCCGCCGCGGCCGACGCGGCGGCGGCCCACGACGCUAACGCCAAGGACGCAAAGGCAAAGGACGCAAAGGCCAACAAGAACAAGAACCAGGACGCCGUCGACGCCGCCCAGGCGCUCGCCGACGCAAACACCCAGGCCAUCCUGGACGUCCAGCAGGCCUGCGGCAUCCAGGUCGACCAGGCGGCGGUCGACGCGGCAAAGGCGGCGGCGGACAAGGCGGCGGCGGACAAGGCGGCGGCGGACAAGGCGGCGGCGGACAAGGCGGCGGCGGACAAGGCGGCCGCCGACCAGGCAGCCGCCGACCAGGCAGCCGCCGACAAGGCAGCCGCCGACAAGGCAGCCGCCGACAAGGCAGCCGCCGACAAGGCCAACAACGCCGACGCGAACAAUGCCAACAACAACAACAACAACAACGCAACCGCGGACGCAAACGCCAACCCCAACGCCAACAACAACGCACAGGCCGUGCACAAGCGCUUCUAAGCCAGCCGCCCAAGCAUGGGACGACAGGUGCUUUUUUGACGGGGAGGCCGCGGGUAAUAACACGGUCUUUUUCGGUUCGGAACAUCAGCGUCGCCCUUUGUCUUGGCUCGCGAGGCGACCCUUGAGGAAGAAUGGGGAGGGGGAGUUUGGAUAUACGAAGGAUGCGCCAUCAAUAUCUUGCACAUAUUCUUGGCCAUUACCCAGGCAUGGUGAUCUCUGUGCCUAGCCGCUCGUUUAGUAUUUUUAGCAACUCAAUGCAUUAAGUCAU